GCCAUCGAGGAACCCUAAGACAACAUGAAGGCCUCUCUGAGUCUGCUGGGAUCGCUGUUCCCCCUCCUCCUCCUCGUCCAGUUGCCCAUUGCACAAGGACAGGCUAUCAAUGCCCAAGCCCAGCAGCAAAAGCACUGUGGAGAAGAUGCCUUCCCGCUAGAUUGCGACGACAUCUACGAGCAAGGUUCAGUGGCGGAUGGCGUCUACCUCAUUUACCCCGCAGGACCCAACACCCCUGUGCCUGUGUACUGCGACAUGACCACCGACGAUGGAAAAUGGACGAUUUUCCAGAAACGCUUCAAUGGUACUGUCAGUUUCUUUCGGGGCUGGAACGACUACAGGUUUGGCUUCGGCAGGGCAGAUGGUGAAUACUGGCUAGGCCUUCAAAAUAUUCACCUCCUGACCCUUAAGAACAAGUAUGAGCUACGUGUGGAGCUGGAGGACUUUGAGAACAACACAUCCUUUGCCAAAUACACAGACUUCUCGCUCUCGCCCAAUGCUAUCAGUGCGGAGGAGGACGGCUAUACGCUCCACGUGUCUGGUUUCACUGAUGGGGGAGCAGGUGACUCGCUGUCUUACCAUAAUGGCCAGAAGUUCUCCACUUUUGACCGUGAUCAGGACCUUUACGUGCAGAACUGUGCGGCACUCUCCUCGGGCGCUUGGUGGUUCAAGAGCUGUCACUUCUCCAACCUCAACGGCUUCUACCUUGGUGGGGCCCACCUCUCCUAUGCCAAUGGCAUUAACUGGGCCGCCUGGAAGGGCUUCUACUACUCCCUCAAGGAAAGUGAGAUGAAAAUACGCCGUGUCUGAGACCCAAGAUGACCAGGGGUCUGUUGCCAUCAUGGCAUUUGGCCACUGGAGAGAUGAUGCAGGCUGGUUGUCCAAUUAA